GGAGCGCCCGAGCUUGGACACCAACACAACUGGUCACUCAACUCGAGUCUGUGGGAAAAGUCAGAGAUCACAUUCAUCAUGAAGUCCGUCAGGGUCCUCGUCUUGUUGCUAACGUCAGUCCAUGUCUUCACACCAGUUUCAUCAACAGAAACAGCUACUCCAACUCCAGCAAACCCCACAAGAGAACUACCGGUAACUGAAGCCAAACCAACAACUAGAGUUCCAGUAACUCAGAUCAUCUCCACUACACCUCGACUUACCAUCGGAGCAAACUCUACCAGCGACUCUCCUCAAGUGAAGACGACUCCAGCUGUAAAGACGAUUACACCGUCACCUGAACGCCCUACCACACAAACACCAACCGUGACCACCACAGCUGCCCAGACCACCCAUAAAACUUGGACAGGCAGCACUGCUGUAUCACCAGAGACAGAGGACCAAACUCUACCAGAGGAGCCAAAAGUAUCAAACCAGACAACCAAGCCGAUAUCAGAAGAGCCCAGUGGAGGAAAAGACCAAGAACAGGCUCAGCUGAAAGGUGCUGCUUCAGACAAAAGGCUGUGGUGGAUUUUGCUGCCCGCCGUCCUCGUUGUAGGUGCGGUCGCCAUCGUCUUCAAAUUCAAAAGCAAGAAAGUCCACGAUCACACAGAAACCCUUGACACUGGAACAGAGAACGCAUCUUUCCAGAGCCGGCCCGAAAGCACCAAAGAUGGAGUCAUGCUCCUCGGAGUGAAGUCGUCAGGCGGGGAAGAAAAUGCUACUGCAAGUUAAAAAAUCAAAAAGAAGAGCUUUAAAAGUCGAGAUCGGCGCACGGAGGAGUUCCCUG